AAACCCCUUGACAAGCAUUUUUUUUUUACACUUAUCUAGUGCUUAUAUCCCCCACCAUCUCUACUAUAUUCACUCGUGUAGCUUAUUCUGAGAACAUUCUUAUUCAUUCCUUGAUUCUUCCAUCUUUAUUAUUACUCAAUAUCACUCGAGAAAACUCCAACAUUUUCCCUCACAGUUACCUCGUGAAGUUCUUCUAUCACCUUUCGAUAAGAUUCAAACAUGCGUCCAAUUCUACUUUCCUUAUUGGCAUCUUCAACAGCCAUCGUCUCCGCCUAUCAAUCUCUGAUGUCAGAUGGAUGUAUACAAGGGAAUUUCCGUGAUCUUGUAAUCAGGAACUCCUGUGGAGAUGAUUUAUCAAUUGUCAAAUGUCUUGCAGAAGAUGUUGAUUUAAGACACUUGGAUCAAAUUGAACAAUGCUUCAUAGCUGGUGGAUGCGACGCGAUCGAUUCUGCUGUUUCGGCAGUGUGGUUUUCAUACGAAUGUAAUGAUCGUCAAGGACCGGUUGAAGAGGUUAUGAAGGAGGAUUUAAGGAAGAGAGCCACUGAGACAAGUUCAACUGCUGAAAGUACGACUGAAUCCACUACAACAACAGCUUCAUCCUCGAGUUCGAGUUCGGGUUCGAGUUCUGCCAGCACAACCGCUGCCACAACCACAACCUCCACAUCUGCAACCGCUUCAACUUCAGCCUCUUCGAGCUCUGCGGCUUCAUCCACGACUGCUACAAGCGCAAGCGCCACUACCACUUCUACCACCGCAAGUACAACUUCUUCCUCGACAUCCGGUACAACUACCAGCGCGACAAGUAGUGGAACCGGAACUUCUUCAAGCACCCUAGCCUGUUCCACAACUUCUUAUUAUUCCACGAGUGUGUGCUCUUAUGGGACAGGUGCAUCCACUGGUGUCACCCUUGGAUGUGCCACUACCUCUGCCGCGUCGUCAACUUGUGCAGCAGGAGUACUGUGUACAACUGCAGCAUCUGGAGAAGAUGUCUGCAUGGAGAUUGACAAUAGUCUUACCACGUCCGGUUUGGCAGUCACAAUAUUUUUCGCAGUCGGAAUUAGUGCUUUCGUUAUUGGACUUAUAGUAAUUGGAUACAAAGAUCGUCAAGCUGCCAAUCAACUUAAAGCUGCGCGUUUGGCACAACUGGAUGCAGAAAGCAAAGAGGCAAUGGCAUCAUAUAACCAAAAAAGAUCCAAGUCGGUCCGACAACCAGAUGCUUUUGGACAUUCUGAGGCUGAUUUACCUUUGAUCUCGGAGCCUAGCCACGAGCAAGCUUAUUCUAAUGAAACGCACCGCAACGCUUAAAUGGGAACUUGAUUCCGACACAAAAGCGCUGAGCAAUGGGAUUAGACGAGGGCGCAUGGGAAUGGAGUUUGGGAAGUUUGAUAUGGAUCGGACUUAAAGAUCUGUAUUUUAUUUGCUUCGGGCGUUGAUAUAUACUAUACCCUUAUUUUGAUGAUUUGCCUUGUCUAAGGAGUAUCUUUUAUGUAUACUUGAGUGAUAAUUGUGCCUCCUACUUUUGCUAUUUUUGAAAUUUCGAAAUAAUAUUCCA